ACAACCCACCAUUCCCUCUCGCCCUCAAAAUUUCUUCUUCGCAAUUCAUUCCCUUCUCCCUCAUGGGUCACUCCUCUGGUUCCUAUGGUCUUGUGCUGCCAAAGCCUGUGGUAGUUAUAAUACUGCUCAUCGACUAUAUCCAAUUCACCUUCUCCUUAGUCCUCUAUCAUCUUGGUCUCUAUGCAUCAUCUGAAGCGCCGCUCUCUCCUUGGGAGGAUUAUGCAUUCUAUUUUCAGGCGACCGAGCUCUCGUCAUCCACGACCUCGGUCUCUGCCACACCUUCAUUGAUAAAGAGCAGGCUUCGGGUGGUGGAGUUUUCGAGCUUGUCGAAGAGAAGCUCGGAGGUGUGCCCAGGAGAGGAGACUACAUGCGCAGUUUGCUUGGGGGAUUUGGAGGCAAGGCAGAAGGUUAGGGAGCUCGGCAACUGCAGCCAUGGGUUCCAUGUGGAGUGCAUAGAUAAGUGGGUGGAUGCGGGUCAGGUGACUUGCCCCCUGUGCAGGUCCAAGCUAUUGCCUCCAGAAGGGAAGAAAGAGAAAGGGGCAGGGUUCCUACUGUUUUGGUGAAAUGCGAUGGUUGGCACCAAAAACAAGCGAUUGUUUUACCACUAUUCUAACUCAGUUUGACCUAUUGUUUCGACCUUCCUCACUCCAUUUUGAAGGGUUCAGGUUCCGCAUUAGGUAGCCAACCCCACCUUAGCUAAGAUGGAUUAGGGACUUAUGUUGAGAUCCUUGGGGUGGAUUAGGUUUGUACUAGUAUAUGAUGAUUACCAUAUAGAAAAUUCUUUAUUACAUAAACUUGAGAAAAUAUUGUAGCA